AGUGACAAAAGGGGGGAUUUUCAAACAUCCUGAAUGAGAGGACUGCUUUUGCCCUCGGCACAUGCCGCAUCUGUAAAGGAACCCAACAGGGUGAACUUUUCCUUACACGACAACUUUUGUUCAAAGUGGUGGAAAGAACAUCAGCUGGGCCUCAUUUUCAGCAUCUGGACGAGUGGAUCGGCAUGGGCUAGCCCCAACCAUUCCCAAAGAGCUGAAGUGGACUGGAGAAGGAGCAGGAGGAGGAUGAGUGUUUACACUCUCAACCUCAGGUUUUUCUGGCCACUGGUCACUUGCAUCCUCACUGCUCUGCUGCUACUGCAUCAGUACAUCUUUAGAGGAUUAGAGGACCAAGGAAGUGACUGUGCUAACCAGGGACCAGGAGUUGUCACACUUUUCAAGUACAUUCUGGCAUUUAUUAUGUGCUACUUCUUCAUAAGGUACUGCUCAAGUCAACCUGGCUCUGUAAGGAGGGGUUUCCAUAAAGUCCUAGAGGUUCAUGGAAAGUCGGGAGUCUCCAAGCGAGAGUUACUUAAUGAACACUAUGAGAGGCAUGUGCGCCUCUCUCCACAUGUUCUGGGCCACAGCAAAGCCCAUGUUGCCAAAUUGGUCAGUGAACUUGUCAGGGUGGGCCGUACUGAUGUCCCACCAGAGUCCUCUCUGGCCUUCAGGGGAGACUUCAUCCAGAUCGGCAGCUCCUAUGAGGAGCACAAGGUGGGCUCACCUGACUGUUUUGAUAUCCUCGUACCUCUGCGAGCUCCUCGUGGGCUGAAACUGGAGGCCGUCGCUUGCACUGACAAACAUGGAGGACCACCGCUGUGCACACUAAACACACCUCGCAAGGCAGAGUGGACACGCCGUCACAAGUCCUUUACUGACACAUUCUUGCACAGUUCUCAAAAUGUCUAUAAGAUGAGCCCAGAUUCUGUCCAGCGCUGGUUUUACAUGGCCACACAGCGCUGCCUUGCUGCCGUACGUUACCCUUUUGAUCAGCGCUGCUCCCUCAGUCUCUCUCUCAGUGAAGAGCAGCAGGUUCUCCUCCGUAUGACCCCCCGCUCUGAUUACGUCUGCUGUCACAUAUCUAUGGGCAUUCGGCUGAUCCCAGCAUUUCCUCUCAGUGAUGGAGCCUUUUUGGUGGCAUCUCAGCAAGGAAAGGACUUUUGGACAGUGUAUUUUCCUAGACAGGAGCAGAGACUGCUGACAUGCCUGAAAGGCAGACUGCCCUUCAACUCCUGCCAUCUAAAGUGCCUUCAACUCCUAAAAGAGAUCUGUAACCUCAGUGGAGAGGUGCUGGACCAGCAGUCUGGAGCAGAAUGGGGAAGGGUGCUUUCGUCUUAUGCUCUGAAGACCGCCUGGAUUCGUCUGCUGCUCAGUACUCCCCCUGAGGCCUGGGAUGACUGCAACCUUGUGGAACGGCUAGAUGAUCUUCUCCGCAGUCUAAGGGACAGCCUACAGUCUCGGGCUCUCUGCCAUUUACUCCUCGGAGGUGUUAAUGGCCAUCUGCCAGACUCUGUUGCUCUGCCCAAGCUUGUAAAGGAGAUGGUACCCUCAAACCUGUGGGCAGAAUUCAGUGACGUCACCCUCGAUAUGGUCUCCGCCCGACUGACCUACUCCUGGAACCACCUCCCACGCCUCAUUCGCCUCGGGCGACCACAGAGGACCAGCCUUGGCAGAGGAGUCCGCUGCAAAUAUGUGGAUGCAGAGUAAAGGUCAACUAUAACUGGUAUUACUAAACACGCAGUGAUGAACUUCUGCAUCUUAGUGUUUUAUGUUUUUGGACAUUUAUGUCUCUUAAAAUCAGUGUUUCUUUUAAAUUCUGUUAAAAAAUAUUUUUUGCUCGAAGGUAGCAGCCAAAGCACUAGAUUAGACCAUUAUGGUAGCAAAGGUACAGUACAAAGGUACAGUAGUACAUCAAUCAUUUCAGUCUUGGUACUGUAUAAAUCAGUAUUGUACUGUAAUUGAAGAAUUCACUUCAAAAUGUUGCUUGAAUUUUACUUUAGUAAUAAUUUUCUUUUUGUGCAAAUUUAUUUAUCAUAUCUGGAGAGACAUGUAGAUUUUUAAAACAAAAAAGGACCAGUGACCAUUCAUAUAUUUAUUCUAGGAGUCAUUUUAGAGAUAAAAACUCAUUCCAGCAAGCAUUUUUUGUUUUUAAAAUAUGUCUAAUAGAUGUCUAAUAGAUGUUUAAACAUAGUCGUCUUGGCUAAAACAAGGCUAAUUUGAGCUGUCAGUGAAAAUCUAAUAGACACCUAAGAAUAUGCUAAAACUAGACUAUAGUCAUCAAGUUAACAGAAAUGAAUGACUACACAUAUAAAGUCUGUCUAAUCGGUCUAUUUGAUGACUAGUCUAGUUUUGGGCUAUUCUUAGACGUCUAUUAGAUUUUCACUGACAACCCAAGUUUAGCCUUGUUUUAGCCAAGCUGUCUAUGUUUAGAUGUCUAUUAGACGUCUAAUAAACACAAAAUUGUUUGCUGGGAUGUGUCUGACCUGCUAGACUUGAGUUGACUCAGUGUGACCAUGAUGUCUUGGUAGUGAGUAGUCAAAACAACAUAAAGACCAAAGUUUUUCCACACCCACACAGUAUUAGUAAUGCCAGCCUGAACAGAUGAACAUCCUGUUUUGAAGAUUUCAAAAUCAUAUGCUAUGAUGACAUGACAUUUUGAUCUAGCAAUAUAUUACAUAUUUUUUAAUGAAUGAAUUAUUGAUAUUGUUUCAUAACACUUUUAGCAUUGCUUAACUGAUUGCUUAAGCAUUCAGAUGAUGAGUUAGAUCAUAAAUUGUGCUUCAGUUCACCUUAGUUCAUUACUUCAUUUGACCCACUGAAGGAUGAGGCAUAACUUCACUUCAUCUUGCUAGUCUACAGGGACCCAAACAUGUGUGCGCAUCAUCUUUUCCCUCACAGACAUGCUUCUACAGGCUGUCGCUAUAGAGACACGCUACCUCAGCCCAGGGUCACUUAUUCAUGCUGUAGCUUUAGUUUUAGUUGCUGAUUGCUUUCCAUUCACUUUUACAAAGCAGCAGAUUUCCUCAUUGAUAUCUUGCAGGUACUGAUAGCCACAAGGUUAAUUUGUUAGCCUCUUUUCUCAUCCACGAAGCUGUUCUUAAACUAAGAGUUCAUGGUCCUUCAUGUCAGGCAAAUUAGUUUCACCAGCUUUACAGGGAAAUGCUUUAAGCUUCAUUUCUGGUGUUGCCUAAAAGCAGAACAAACAAAUGAAAUAAGGAAAUGAAACGGGACUUGCUCUGAAAACUAUGCUAAAAUGUAGUCCAAAACAAGCAAUAUAAAAAUACAGAGUGACUGAUGUUGAAUGUUUUCAUAUUAAUGUAUAGUUCAUUUAAUGUAUAUUUGGUACUGUAUAUGAAUGUAAGUUGAAUGUAAAAUACUUUGUACUUGAUGUACAUAUUUGAGAAAAAUAUUUUGUGUGUAUAUGUAUGUGUGGU